UUUAUUCCAAGUUUAUUUUUAUAUUUCAAGUUUAAUUUUCUAUAUUUCUAAGUUUAUUUUCUAUAUUCCAAGUUUAUUUUUGUAUUUUGAUCUCUGGCGUUUCUAUUGCCACGAAACUUUUUUGGCGCACACUCUCUCCAAUAUUAAAUAUUUCCAUGUACUUUUUUCUAUUUUAAAAUGUCCCUCCUAUUUUUCCCUCAUGAUUUUUUUCCUCAUUUAUCUUCUUGUUUAUUUAAACUUUCUUUUUUAGAUACUUUUAUUUUCUUCAAUUUAAAAUUAAUUAAUACACCUACAAAAAUAAAUAAAAAAUGCAGUCAAUUUCUGCAAAUGAACUGGCUGUUCUAAACAACUUGCAGCAAGCCGCCGCAGUUGCCGCGGCAAAUGUAGUUGGAGGAGUUUCUAAUUCUGUUGUGUCUUCUCUAGGGGGACCUCCUCCCGUUUCCAGUCAAUCUGUUGGGGUUAAUAAAAGAAUCCCUGGAGGAGUUACUGGAGGGGUACCUUCAUCUAUCCAUAACAACAACAACAACAACUUGCAGCAAUUGAAUGGAGGAGGGAUUUCACUACCUCAUCAAGCCUCUACAGGCAACAUAGCAUCUGCUACCAAUUCUCUAUUAAUGCGCUUUACUAAAAGCAAUUGUUUUCUCUGUGAUCUGCCGAGAAUGCCCUGGGCUAUUGUGCAUGAUUAUGCAGAGCCUGUAUGCAGGGGAUGUGUAAAUUAUGAAGGGGCUGAGAAAAUCGAAGCUGUUAUUGAAAGCGCCCGUCGUUUGAAACAAGUACAUGCAGCUCUAUCUUCUGGCCUUAUAAGUGGUGCCCCCUCUUCUAGCUCUACAACAGCCCCAUCCCUUCCAUUGGAACUCUUAAAUGCAACAAAUAUCCACCAAAACAAAACCUCAAACCAAUCCAAUGGCCAUAACAACACUAAUACAGCUACAUCAACAACAACAGCAGCAGUUUCUGCUUCAGCAGCUGCUAACGGAUUAAACAAUCGUUUUAGUCCUCGAAGUUUAAACGGUCCUCAACAACAACAAAACGUUCAAGUUCAGCAAAAUGGAACUUCCCCGUUAAACUUGGUUGCUGCACACUUAAAUGGAAACAACAACAAUAUACCCGCAAGUUUGUUAGAAAGCAUUCAACAACAGCAGCAACAGAGAGCUUUGCUAAAUGGGGGAAAUGGAAGAGCUGCUUUAAUGGGACCAGUGUUGGAUGAGUUACAACUACACCAACUACGCGCAAUUUACCCCUUUUUCAACGCCCAUCAAUUAUUCCCAAUGAAUUCAGCAGCUGCCCUAACUGGAUUAGCUGCAAGUUUAUUACCUUCAUCGACACAAAAUGGAGUUAGUUCAAUAAAUGGGCGUAAAAGAGAAUUAGAAAAUGAGGGGGCGAAGGAGACGGUUUCAAAUAAAGUCCAACGAGGGGAUGCCCAAAGCAGCACUUCAAUCUCUCCAACUUCAACUAACAGCCCUGAACAGACUUUACACCAUCCUCCACACCAACAGAACGAGCAUAACAGUAAACGCCGUUCCCUCUUCCAAGGAAUAAAUUCUUCAAACAAUUCAUUGGCUAUGGCUGCAGCUCAACAAGCAGCUGCAGCUCAACUUGCCGCUGCUGCCCAACAACAGCAACAACAGACUUUGCGUUGUACAGGCUGUCAGGAACGAUUGGAAGAUACACACUUUGUUCAAUGCCCGUCUGUUAAUGGACACAAAUUUUGCUUCCCUUGUUCAAGGAAAAGUAUUAAAAGGCAAUGGAAUUCACAGGAUGUUCACUGCCCGUCUGGUGAAAAAUGUCCUCUAGCCAACUCCAGCCAGCCUUGGACUUUUAUGUUACAGGAGAUACAAACGGUGUUUAUAUUUAUAUUGGGAAGUGAUGAAUACGAUGCUUUUCAACAAGAUCGAGAACGAAUUGGUUUAUUUACUCCCAAUGUCAAUUCUGUGCCUGGAAGAGAAGCAAGUAAUAAUGGAGAAGCAAGUGGACAACAAAACUCUUCCGACAUCCAAGUUAUGAACGGCCCAAAGUGUGCAAAAGAACGAUCACCAGCUAGUGAAGCUUCGCCUGGGGAUAACACAAAUAAUAUCUGUUAG